CUCUUCACUGUCUCUGCAAUGUCCACCCAACCAUCUUCACCCCUCCCGGCCUCGUCAGCCUCAUCGACGUUAGUUAUGACGCCACCACCCAUUGACAUCGCAAGAGCCAAUGUCCCGCUGGCCAAGGGACCACUGCAGCCACACAUCUCCAAUCUGCCUCGACGGAAGCCCCAGCAGCCACGCAAUCCCAAUAUGCACGCGAGGAGAGCAAAAGGCAUAUCGACGAUGCUGGCGACAGGAUGCAAUCUGCGGAUGACAACAGCGGGCGAGCAUAACGCGUCGAGCUCGUCAUCGGGCUCUCAGUCAAAGAAGUCCCAGUAUGCAACUAGCCCCAUUGUCGUUCCAGUGGUGCCGCGUAUAUUACAGUCCCCUCCCAACUUGAGCCUAGAGGCAGCACCCUCUCCCAUCUACACCCAACAACUAGGGCGACAAUCCGGGCUACUUGUUGUUCUGGACACGGGUAAAGAUGCCUUACCGGGUGUUGUCCGCAUAUCUGGGCCUUCAGAGGACUCAAGUUCAACGCUUACUCUAGAAUUACCACGAAACACCCACGACAACGGGAUGACGACACUCCUGCCAACCCAUCUCGACCUGCUAUCCUCCUUCGUCGCUGGAAUCAAGACCACACGCAUCGCGGUAGUGGCCCCUCCAGAGAGCUCUGUCGACGCAUUCAGUAUCGGACUCUUUCUAUACCUCCACAUCCACCCCGAGACAGAAACGGACACGGAAAUGAGCAGUGAGGCAGACCCGGCAGCGACAAGGGUGCAUCGGCUCUUUUGGCGUUGGCAUGAUAUCCCGGAAGAGGAUCCGGAAGGGCUGCAGCGUGGCUGGCGGGGGUUAUUGAGCAGAGAGGGCCUAGACGAGCUUGUGCAUCUUAUUGAGCGGACAUGA